AUGGAUGAUGGUGAUGCGGAUAGAUUACCAGUAUUUUUGUCUGUAAGCGAAAUAGAGUUCCCGGUUACUGAACGCUCACCUCGACGUGUCAUCACUAUAUACAACCCAUAUGGUUACCCAAUUCAGUACAAAGUGCUGUGCAAUGCUCCUACUAAUUAUGCUGUACCAUAUUGCAAAGGGAUUCUUUUGGCAAAAAGCUGCAAAGAUCUAGUUGUUAAAUGUGUGACAAGGCUCACAGUUGGCACAACUGAUCGACUGCGAGUCGAGAUAAUGGAGUACCUUAACGCUGCCUCGUCUCAAUUGGUGUGUUUGGGUGUGGCGGUGAUUUGUGCUGUGGCAUUGAUGGCUCCGACUCAAGGAGAUCCAGCUGCUGCUAACUCUCUUCUGCCCCAACACUUCCAUCUCACUGUACCACAAAAACUUGUCGCUGCUUACAUCUUAGGUAUUGUAUCUAUUCUUCUCCUUCGCCCUAUGACAUGA